AUGCGUCCCGAACUAGUCGUCGUCGGCGCUUGGCUGCUCGACACAGCCUCUCUCGCGCUUGCGCAGACGGUGGCGUAUCCCAUCACGGGCGUCGUGCCCCCGGCGUCCUGGAACCCCAGCCUGAGGCAGGACAUCAACGUCUUGGCCGCCUCCGGAGCUCAGUGGUAUGCUGGUGCCGGUUGUCCGCAGUCGCCGAGAGAUCCGAGAGGGGGCGGGAGAGAAAGAUGCCAAGGGACACCGGCUGACCAUUCUCGUCGUCGCAGGGACCUCUACAUCCAGGCGCUCAAUGAGAUGCAGCAAACGAGCUACACAGACCCGCUGUCGUACUUUCAAGUUUCGGGCAAGUCCUCGCCCCCGACGCCGAAGACGAGAAGGGCGCGACGCAGACGCAACCCUAUCCUCGACUCUGCUGCUGACCCGAGCUCUCCAGGCAUCCACGGAGCGCCUUUUAUUGAGUGGAACGGCUCGGGGCGCCAGACGAACUUUCGAGGAUGGACGGGAUAUUGUCCGCACGGCGAAUCCAUGUUUGUCGCCUGGCAUCGGGCGUACAUUAUUCUUUUCGAGCAAAUCCUCGUCGACACGGCGAGGCGCAUCGCCCUGCGCUACCCUCCAAGCCGACAGGCGGAAUACAAGACGGCCGCCGAGCUGCUCCGGUCCCCCUACUGGGAUUGGGCGGCUGAUUCAACGGUUCCCUCCUCGACGACGACGCAGACGGUCUGGGUGAACGUCCCUAGCGGAAAUGGCAUCGCGUGGCAGUUGGUCAACAAUCCGCUGUACACGUACCGCAUUCCCCAGCAGGUCCUGAACGGCCAGUACGGCCGAUUUGACGCCUUCAACCGAGCCCGCAUCCUACGCUGCAGCUUUGCCGGACAGAGCUACCCUGCUACCGCCAACGCCUACCUCUCCCAGCGGAACCUGCGCGCCUGGACGUACGAUUCAUUCGCCCGUUCCAGGACCUUUUCGCAGUUCGUCUCGGCCGGCAGCGCCUACGGUCUCGAGAACCUGCACAACGUCGUCCACACCGACGCCACCUGCGGCCAGCAGUUUACCAACCCCGACCUGGCCGGCUUUGACCCUCUCUUCAUGCUGCACCACACCAACGUCGACAGGCUGUGGGCGUACUGGCAGGCGAUCCGCCCCGCCGAAGCCAUCUUCCACAACACCUACUACGGCUUCGCCCGCUUUUCGUCUCCGGCAGGAACCAUCAUCUCCAACGAAUCUCCCAUGGCGCCGUUCGAGAGCAGCACCGGAGACUUCCACACGACGCAGACCGUCGGAUCCAUGAGAGGCUUCGGCUACUCCUACUCGGGGCUCGAGUACUGGUCCAAGUCGGCCGAUCAGAUGCGCCGGGACGCAACGGCACUCAUCAACCGCCAGUACGGAAACCGCGCCGCCACCCGUCGGCGGGGCCUGGUCCAGCGACGCGACGAUGCGCUGCCCUACUGGCGCUUCUUUGCCCAGGUUGGCGUCGAUCGCGCCCAGCUGCCCAAGCCGUGCCAGAUCGAGAUUUACUACGGCCACAAGAAGGCGUCAAGCCUCGCCGUCGUCAACCUGCCCGAGGACGGCCGGCUCACGGCCGGGCUUCCCCUUGACGACGUGCUCCAAGACGCCGUGGCUUCCGGCGCGGUGACGGGAGAGUCCAUCGUCGAGCUGCUCGGCGCCAGGGUUGUCAAGCAUGACGGCAGCGUCGUCGACACUCCCUCGAGCCUCAAGGUGGAGGUCGAGACUGUGCUGGUGACGCCGCAGUUGACGGACAGCGAGUUCCCGACGUUUGGGAACUCGACCCUGUCGCCGGUCGGGAAUCUCACGUUGAAGGGAAAGGUGCCGCCGCCCCCCAACGGCGGCGCCUUGCUGCCGGCAACGCAGGGUGUCAAUGCCACGAGCGCGGAGCGCACAUCCUCGACCACGGCAGUCAGGAGGCGCAUGAAUCUAUGA